CCCGGCGGAGGAGGGCGGCAUGGAGGGCGGCCUGGGGCGUGCGGUGUGCGUGCUGACCGGGGCUUCCCGCGGCUUCGGCCGGGCGCUGGCCCCGCUCCUGGCCUCGCUGCUGUCACCUGGCUCCGUGCUCGUCCUAAGCGCCCGUAGCGACGAGGCGCUGCGGCAGCUGGAGGCCGAGCUGAGCGCGGAGCGGCCGGGUCUGCGCGUGGUGCGGGUGCCCGCUGACCUAGGCGCCGAGGCCGGCUUGCAGCAGCUUCUGGGCGCCCUUCGAGAGCUCCCCAAGCCCGAGGGGCUGCAGCGACUGCUGCUCAUCAACAACGCAGGCACUCUUGGGGAUGUGUCCAAAGGCUUCGUGGACCUGGGUGACCCAACUGAAGUGAACAACUACUGGGCUCUGAACUUGACGUCAACGCUCUGCCUGACCUCCAGCAUCUUGAAGGCCUUCCCAGAACGUCCUGGCCUCAUUAGGACUGUGGUUAACAUCUCGUCCCUCUGUGCCCUGCAGCCCUUCAAGGGCUGGGCACUGUACUGUGCAGGAAAGGCUGCUCGUAACAUGAUGUUCCAAGUCCUGGCUGCAGAGCAACCUGGUGUGCGGGUGCUGAGCUAUGCCCCAGGUCCCCUGGACACAGACAUGCAGCAGUUGGCCCGGGAGACCUCCGUGGACCCAGAGUUGCGAAAAAGUCUGCAGGAGCUGAAGACAAAGGGGGAACUGGUGGACUGUGGGAUGUCAGCCCAGAAACUGCUGAGCUUGCUGCAGAAGGACACGUUCAAGUCUGGUGCCCACGUGGACUUCUAUGAUAAAUAAGCCCAUGUCCUUGGCUUCCGGGGCCUUUCUGCCUCCACUUUCAGGCACACCCCAGAGUCCUCUGUUUCCCCACAUCCUGCCACAGUGGCACCACCAAUCCUGCCUUACACAGAUAAACACUUGUGCCUACUAUCCUGCCAGCAGAUGCAGCAGCUGUGGGGCCCUUGGGGUUGCUGGUGUUAGCAGUUGUCAGGAAUCUCUAUUGUGCACCCCGGGUUGUGAGGAGGCCUCUGUAGGAAGUUUAGGAGCAAGGUUAUGGGUGUUAGCGUUCUUUCUCUCCAGGAAUAGAGCAGGAAGAGAAGCUGAAACACUGAAGAGGGCGGAGUGAGCUGGUGUCAAAUAGGAGGACUCAUUUAGAGGGGAGGGAGUGCAGACAGGACAAGUUCCAGCCCACACGGAUACCCCUUGCUCAGGGUAACAGGACCUUCUGUUGAACCACGUGUCCUCACUCUGAUGCCUCCUUCCUCCAGAACCCACCUCCUCUUCCCCAGGCUGGGAGAUCAGGCACCUGAGAGUCUGUACACAGCAAAUAAAAUGUAGAUUAU